AAAAUUCGGCGUGAGUCGAGAGAGACUCAACGGAUGCGGGGUAGGAUGUGAACGCCCGCAUGGUAGCCCCAGCUAGGGUUAAAGUGGGCGUCACAUCACCUCCCUUCAGCCUUGACUUCCUGGGUCUUCCCUUUCUCUCGGCUAACGUUCGCUUUUCCUUCUUAUAUCCUUUUUUUUUUUUUUUCAAUUAUUCAUUUUUAUCCCUCCUUUGUUAAUUGUAUUGAAUAAUUCAAGGUGGGGAAAAUACCUAAAUGUUCCUUUCCCCCUUCCAAAGUCACCCAUCUGGCUUUGAUGCCUGAGGCGGGCUUUGACACCUGCCAGUCUCCUGGUUUCUAGCCUGAUGGCUGUAACCACUAGACCAAAGUGGGCUCUUAGAUCCUUAUUGAUUCCUCCUUCUGGGAAUGGAUUCACAGAAUAGGAAAAUUGUGGCUGGACGAUGAGGUUCCCCCCAAACAGAGGGUCUGGUAGCAUUUUUUCCAGCUAACAAAAUUUUAAUAAAAGGUGUACAUGUUUAUAAGCUGCAGCUCACUUCAUCAAAUGCAUAGAGUUAUUGAACCGAGUUGUCAGUCCUAUGUAGAAGAGCCUGAUCAGGAGCAAGCAAAAAGACAAAAACUUGAUAUUUUUGGUAUACUAACUCAAGGAAUUGUCAGCCUGAUUAAGCUACCAUCCCACUUAACAGCUAAAUAUCUUAAAGUUGGAGAUCAAUAUGCUGAAACUACAAAAGAGUUUCUUUCAAAUGCUUCUGAUGCCUUGGCUGACAAGCAGAUGCAACCUAACUGUGAGAUGCAGAUGUGUAACUUUGAUAAAAAAGCAAGUUACGGUACCUGUAUUCAUCCAGAUGUAGCAACUGACUCUCAUAUUCCUGUGACUUAUAUGAGAGAUGACUUUAGUUUCAAAAACAGUAAUAAGAAAAGUCAUAAUGUGCUUCAAGAGGAUUUGCGGCCAUGGAGACAUAUUACUCGCAGACAUUCAUUAGAAGCUUCUGCUUUAGAGACUGGAAGGUAUCUAAGGAAACCUCAUUAUACUGUGGAAGAGGCAAUUCAAAGACUGGAACAAGAGAAAUACAAAGAACUACUCAAGCAAGAAAAAGAAAAGAGUCUUAAAAUUCACUCUUCUGGUGCAGUAGCAAAAUACCAUGAUGUCCAAGAUUAUGCCACUGGAUCCUUAAAGUUUGAUCUCAUCCCUUCAUCUGAAAUGCCAAGAAAUGGAAUCAAAAACUUUGGUCACUUGGGCUCUAAAAAUGAUAUGAGCAGAUCAAUAACAAUAGCAAAAAGGACAACAGAACAUGAAAAGGUAUUCGAACAGAAAAAAGAGAGGUCCAUGCAGCCUUUGAUGGGAAAUGAUCUAUCAGAAGAAGUAUCACUUAGAUUAAGCCUGGUCCAGAAAGAAUCGUCACGCAGAAGACGUUCUCUGGUUGAAAUAAGAGAAAAGUAUCUGAGUUUGGAAAAGGCUACAGAGUGCUUCCCUGAGUUUACAAAGGAUAUGGAAAAAGAGAUAGCAAAUGCUCUGAGCUAUGGUCAAGAUGAUGAAAUUUUGACUAGCGCCUUCAAGCUGAAUAUUACGCGAAGAGACAUUCAAACACUAAGAAACCAGCAGUGGCUCAAUGAUGUGGUCAUUAAUUUCUAUAUGAAUCUUCUGGUUGAGAGAAAUAAAAUGCAAAGAUUUCCAGUACUUUAUGCUUUCAGUACUUUCUUCUAUUCCAAGCUAAAUUCUAUGGGUUAUAAUGCAGUAAAAAGAUGGACCAAAGAAGUUGAUUUAUUCCAGCAUGACAUAAUCUUGGUGCCUAUUCAUAUCAGACUACAUUGGGCAUUAGUGGUUAUAGAUUUGAGGAGAAAAACUAUCAAAUAUUUUGAUUCAAUGGGACAAAAUGGCAUCAGGAUCUGCAUGAGAUUGUUACAAUAUCUGCAAGAGGAAAGUAAAGCAAAGAAAAACCUGGAUAUUAAUGUUUCAUCUUGGACACUUUACAGUAUGAAGCCUCAUGUAUGUGCAACUUCUUUUUCCCCCCAUUUCUACUGUGCAUCUAAACUUCUAAAAUGGUCAUUUCAGCAAGAUUCAAGUAUUAAUUUAGGAAUAAAUAUUUUAGUCUUCACACACACCCAAUUUCCCUUCUAUACUGAUUUCAGUACUUCAGUUGUGGCUUCUUCAAACCACAGCUUCCUUAUUGCACAUAAAAUGGGUCUGUGGUUUAAAAAGCAACACAUAAUUAAAGCACUUCAGAGGUAUGGGAGGAUGUGUUGGGUAAGAGAAGGUGCUCAGGUCUGAUUUACUCAAUCAUAGAUACUUAACUAGAAUUAUUAUAUCUAGACCUGAUUUAAGUGCAAAUAUAGAUGCCGUGAAGUCCUAUUUAAACGGAUAUUUGUGUAGUUCCUGAAUCUCCAGCAUAAACCUAUGCUUUAUUAAAAAUAAAAUGUCUUUUAUUAGGUGAAAGUUUCUAAAACAUCAAGUGAUAUUCCAGUCAUUGGUGAUGCGGGGGGAGGGGAGAGUUGCCUCCUUUGGCUCAUACUAUGUUGGGUGUUGCAGGGUUUGAUGCUCUGUCCAUCAACAUCUAUAGGAAGUUGCUGGGUGAGCUUAUCUGUCACCAUGGGGUGAGGUGUCAUUAGUACCCUGAGGAUUCCCAAUUAUUCAUCUCAGCCUCUGGCAAAUUAAGUGUUGCUGUGCACAUUUUAUCUCGUUGCCUAGAGGCUAUGAGAGUCUGGAUGGGGAAAACAGACUUCAGCUGAACUCUGGAAAGACUGAGUGGCUUGGGAUUUGGGGACUUGCCAGUUCCAGGUUUAUUCUAUUUUUGCUGCUGGAUGGGAUUGCAUUGUCCCAAAGAGAUCCCAUGUAUAAUCUCAUAGUCUUCCUGGAUUCGGGAAUCAUGCUUGAAGAGCAGGUGUCAGUCAUGGGAACAAAAAGUGUAGGAGAAGGACUGGCAGAGCCAGGGGGAGGAAUUAAAAGAGGGAUCAGCUUAGAGUUGUUACAUAACCACAAGUGAACUAACCCCGCUCAAAUACCAUUGCUCCUUAUCGAACUCUAACCAGGUGCUGAUUGUUGAGAAGAUUCCUUAGAUAGGCUUUUAGCAAAAAAAUCAGUUAAUCUGAACUUUCAGGUUUUUCGGACCUGACAGAAAGCCUUUGCAUAACUUUUUAUUGUGUGCUACUUACACCAGUUCCAAGAUCGGAGGCUCUGCUCAUGAUCACUCAUGCGCUAGUCCACCUCUCAAUUGGAUUACUGUAAUGCCCUCUUCAUGGGGCUACCUUUGAGAGUAUCCGGAAACUUCAGCUGGUGCAAAAUGCAGCAGUGCGGGGCGGUUAUGUGUAUCUCUAGAGCAAUACAAGUUACACCUCUGCUUCAUGGGCUGCAUUAGUUACCAAUUUGUUUCUGGGUCCAA